AUGAAACUAUUUUCCCUCUCUUUCCUACUCCUCAAUAUCAUCCAUGGAGUUUUUUCCCAACCACCUCCGUUGCAGGACUCCAACGGAGACUUGGUCACGGCUCAACACGAGUACUACAUCUCCAACGCCGGAGCAGGUUUCCACGGCGGAAUCGGACUCCCCGAGUGGGCGGGAACAAGAUGCCCCGCCAACAUCAUUCAAAUGGGGUCCGAGACUCAGCCUGGCCUCCCGGUGACUCUCCAUCCGGUGAUCCCACUCCCAAAAUUCCUCCCAAUCUACGCGAAUCUUACCCUAGUCCGCAUAAGUUUCUCAGGAUCGGUCACUGGCUGUCUGGAGGGCGAGGGCUAUUGGAGAGUCGAAUAUGUUGAAGAGGCUCAGAAAACCCUUGUUGUGGCUGGCACAUUGUCGGAGGUUCAAUUAUCGAGUCAGUUCAUGAUUCAGCAAACCGGGGGAUGGAAUAAUAAUGUCUACACUUUUGUGUCGUGCGCGCACCUUAAAUGCCGCGAUGAAAUUGGGCUUUACUCGAUGGGCGGUCAGCAACAUCUGUCGGUUAUUUAUCCCAACGAGUUGCCGUACACAUUCAAGUUUGUUAAGAAGGAUGCGGGGAACGGUAUUCGGCUGCCUAAGUGA